AUGGCAUCUCGUGGCACUGAUGAGAACGAGGGCCUUGGCGAUGUCCGCCGCACUCAUUCACCUGCGACUGAUCCUAUGCCCCAGGAUCCCUUCGGUGACCCUGAUUCUGACUCUGAGCUCGGCGAGUUGCCCAGUGAUGAAGAAGAGGAGGACCUCUUUGGCUUUGGAUCUCCGUCGGACGAGCUUGAUGAGUUGCCCAAAGACACUGAAGAGGACCUCUUUGGCCACCCAGAGAGCGCCGAUGACGAAGGCGAACUCACCGAGUCGCCUGAGGAUACCGAAGUGGACCUGUCUGACUAUCCUGAGGACGACGCUGAAGUCCAACCCAUUCGCGAGUACCAGGAGCCUCUGCCUGCCCGCUUGGCUCGCGAGCACGACCGUUAUCGUGCCAGCAAGAAGGUUGCCCAGGGCACUGAUGACAAGCCCAUCAUGAAGUCAGUCCAAGGUUUGGAUGGCGCUUACGACAUGGAGCCCUCGGACAGCUCUCAUGACCCGGCUGCGACCCCGACCAAGCCGGCCCAUCAUGCUGUGAAGACUCCGCGUACGGCCAAGGCUCCCCGUAUCUCUGACGGAGCCCAUGAUGGAAAGGGCACUGGUGUGAAGAAGUCCGGCCCCGGUAUUGCCAAGGCCCUUGAUUUCGAUCCCAGCCCCAAGCACUACCUUGGUCUCGGCAAGAAGAUGAAAGGUGAUGCUAGCCCCGAGGCCGACUCUGCUACGGCCAUCGGCAAGCACGACGUCGAGUGCGGCCCCUCUACCCCGCCUCCUGGCUUCCGCUACGACGAGGAGGGCCACGGCCGCCCGCCUCCUAGUCGCCCUCGCAGCGUCAAGACAGCUCCCACAGUCAUGUUCGCCGACACCGACGUUGAGGAUAACUCGCCGUCCACUCGUCGUCAGAAGAACCGCGUCCGUAUCGCGUCGGCCUCGAAGUCUGCCUCGCUUGAGCGUCCCUCGAUCCAGCCCGCUGGCCCUCGACCCCUUGGCCUCGAGCCUGCGUACUACGAGCCCAUUAACGCUGGUGUCCCAACCACCCCGACCAAGGCCCAUCGUAAGCGAAGCCGCGAUCACUAUGAGAAGACUCUUACACUCGCUGGACAAGACACUGCGAACAUGAAAGAGAUCAUGGCCAAUUACGCUCUUGCAAACGGCGAGAAGGCUGACGAUGCGGUCAGUGAGGAUGGCGAGGGUGACGAGCUCACGCCCAAGGCCUCUAUCCUCAACAGCCACAUGGACAUUGACGAGGAUUAG